AUCGUUCUGCUAGGUUUUUAUCCUUUUGCAUUCACAACUGUCUUUGGUCUCUCUUUUGGCUCAGAUACGGCACCUCGGUAUUGCAUCAACCGUUAGCACAUUUUUCUAUUAAACUCCUCACUGCUACUGUGCUCUAUCCUUGUAAGUGCUAUCCUAUAAAGCACAUUUAUUAAUAUCUUUAGUCCUUAUUGUCGUCAGUUGUAAUCUAGUUGGAGUCUGUAAUUCCGCUUGCUUUUUAGUUACGCUUUUAGUAGCUUUAGUAAUAGCAUUAUUAGCGUUCUUUUAAGGGGGAGAUUAGAAAGUGCUUUUCAGAGUACUUAUAGCUACCUCCGUAAUAGCAUUUUAGUUCUAUUAGCUUUAAUCCUUCAAGGGAAAAUACUGGAUUUUAUCUUAAGACUCGAUCAAAGUUAAAGAUUCAUUGAAGUUAUGGAUCAAGCCGACAAUCAAAGGAGUAGACGAAUAUCACUUGAGAAGCUCAACACAACAUCAAGAUACAAAAACAUGACUAACAACUUCAAUCAAUUGCAUCGAGCUUUUCUUAUGGGAAGCAUUGACCGAAGGCCUUUCGAUUUUCAACACCAACAUCCGUCCUCGAUGCAACUCUGAUCCGAAGACUGUAAUUAUGCUCCCGCAUCCAGAUACUGAAGAUUUAUAGCUUACCAAUCUAAUUAUAAUUGAUGAAUCUCGGGGGUAUUCAUAUGAAGAAGAAGAAAAAACCAGAUACUGAAGAUUUAUAGCUUACCAAUCUAAUUAUAAUCGAUGAAUCUCGGGGGUAUUCAUAUGAAGAAGAAGAAAAAAAAAAGAUGAAUUUUUCAGAGAAGAGGAAGCAGAUUGUUGAAGGAGAAGAGAGUUAUUCCAAGAAGCAGAAAGGUUGGUAUUCUGUUCAAUCUAGAGUUGAACAAGAUUUCAAGGCUCCAGAAGCUCUCGGGGAAGGCUUUUAUGGCGAGGUACAAAGAGGUAGUCAUGUGUUAGAUGGGUGUAAUUACGCCAUAAAGAGAAUCCGUUUUGUUGGUUUAAUAGAUCAGCUUCUUCCUGAAGUUCAUGCAUUACCAAGGCUAAAUAAUGAAGGAAUUGUGAGAUAUUUUUCCUCUUGGGAAGAGUUUGAUGAAGUUGAUGAUAUGGAUGUUAUCAAGAUUGUGAAGUAUCCAAAGAAAAAGAAAGAUGGUGAGGAGGAAGAUUCUCCCGAAGCAGAUGAAAGGGAUGUGCUAUAUUUUGAUUCGAGGGGGGAAGAACAGCAGGAGAUCGUACAUAAGUCUCUUUACAUCCAAAUGGAAAUGUGCGAAAGACCUUUGUAUGAUGCAAUUAUGGAUGGGAUUGGGUGUGAAGAGGGUUUGGAGUACUUCAGACAGAUAUCAUCUGUUGUUGCUUACAUGCAUAGCAAGAACGUAGCCCACAGAGACUUGUCUUCUCAGAAUAUCUUCUCAUGUGAAUCAUCAAAGAUCAAAAUAGGCGAUUUUGGAAUAGCUCAUAUUAUAGGAGAGAAAGAUUUGCAUUCAGAAAGUCCUGGCAAUGAACUUUACUCAGCUCCGGAACGAUCAGAAGGUGAAGUGGAAGAUGUUACCAAGGUUGACAUGUACAGCAUGGGGAUUCUUCUUUUGGAAUUAGUCUCCAAUAUCAAAAGUGCAAUGGGCAGGAUAAAAGUGAUUCAGAACUUUAAGAAAGGUGAAGAAGUAAGCCUCUCCACAGAUUUUAAAGAAGAAGCGUUGGUGAAGGAACUUAUCAAGCUACUUACCUCCUCCAAUCCUUCGGAGCGUCCUACAGCGGAGGACUUGUGCUUGAGGUUGGCUUAGCUACUUUUUUGGAGUCUCAUGUUCUUCUACUGAGAGAUUUCUGGUAAAUUUAGGUUUCUUUCUUCUAAUGGCUCAUGUCUUUUUGCAAGCAAAUGCGAAAUUUAACAGCAUAGUUGACAGUUGCAUGAAAUCGGGUUGUUUUUGCAAGCAACAGAGAAGUAUAGCAGCAUGGUUGACAGUUGCACAAAAUAGGGUUUUGGAGAUUUUAGUACUGAGAUAUUUCUAUAUAAUUUUCUAUUCUUGAAUGGUUAAUUUAGUUUCUUUCCUGUUAUGGCUCUGGUUCAAUUUUUUCUUUCUACCGAGUUAAACUUAAAAGUGUCAUCUUGGAGAGAAACUGCACUGAGAACAUUUAACACCGAAG